AUGCCAUCAAAACCUCGGUGGACAUUUAAUGCAAGAAAAUGGUUUGGCACAUUAUCUGGUAGUACAAAUAAACCAGAUAGAAGAACUAAUAUCAUUAAUUCAGCUGCACCAAGGCUAUUCACAACAGCAACAACAACAGCAACAACAACAGCAACAACAACAACAACAGCAGCGACCACGCCAAAAAUAACAAGAAGUGUUCCAUCGGCAUCAAAAACUUCAAGACUUUUGACAACAAGAAAUACAAAGAAGAUUACACCAACGUCUACUUCUAUCGAUGAUAUUAGUUCUACUAAUGUUGUUUCAUCUUAUUCACAUCUUCAAUUACGUCCAUACAAUGCACGACGUGAAAACUCUUCGCUAUUACCAUCAUCAAAAUUUCCGAAUCAUGCUAAUCUAUUAUUACCAAAACGUACUGAACCAUCGAUUCCUACAAUGGGCCAAAACGAUAAAAAACUAUCUAUAUCAACAAAAAAGUUGCAUACUGAACGAACAGUUAUUGAACGAUCAAAACUAUUACCCUCACAAGCGCCUCAUCGAAAUUUAUCUGAAAACUUUUCAAUAGACUUUGUAAAAUCGGAACUCAAUAUGUCAAUCUUAUCGAACAAAUGUAUUAUUGGUUAUCCUCAAAGUUCAUUAAAUAAUUUCAUUGAAAAACAUCAAUGUGUCACACAAGCACAUUCAUCAUCAUCGAUUGACGAUCAUGAUGUACGUGAUGAAUCAACAUCAAGCGGUAUAUUUACUGAUGAACGUACUGAUACCAACGAUGGCCUGGGUCUACCAUCAAAAGAUACACUAUCAACAUUAGAUGUUCUUUCGGUUGAAUCAAUAGAAGAUUCUCAAACAUCAUUAUAUCAUUAUCAAUCUCAUUCAUUCGCACGAUGUUAUCGAUUGCCAACAUCACUUUCAGAAAAAACUGAUAAUCAAUCAUCAUCAUCACUACUACAACGUCAAAAAUUGACUCAUCGUCCGUAUCGUGAUAAUAGUUCCGACAGUAUUCUAAAAGAUAUUCAUACAAAUACGCCGGCAACCACUAAAAUCCGUCAAUCCUCAGCAGCUAUUAUUAAAAAAAUUGAAAAACGUAUAACAACAAAUCGAUCCCCAUCUGCAAAAUUAGAAAAAGCUGGUUUAGUACGAGUGGCAAAUGAUACGUAUCGAUUAGCAAUCGACAGAGAGAAUCAUUUAUAUCGUCGUGCACGACGAAAUUCUAUUAUACCACAUACAAACCAUGACGAUUCACUUCCGCCAGCCAAUGAUGAAGAAUCUUAUGCGGCAAUCCCACGUACAAGUUCAACCGAGCAAUUAAAUGACAACACACAAAAUGAUCUACGUGCCAUUGUUGAUGAUUGUUUACGACCUAUAGUUGCAUCGAUUAACAAACCAUGUGAUCAAUCGACAAAAAAUCAAUUUCGUUCGAACCGUUCGAAUACAACUUUUGAACGCCCACAAAUAAACAUUGACGAAAUAAUUGAUAAAUUAUUAUCCGGUGUUGACUGCUCAAGUUAUGCACAAUAUCAACGAUGCUAA